AUGGAUUUACUUGGGUCGAUCAUGAAAUCAAUGGAAAAACCACCAACUGUGGACACCAAAGAAAAACUUAGGCAAAAAAAAGCCCAAGAAGUAUAUAUCAAACAACAGAAUAAGGAAAAAGCAAGAAUGAUACAGUUCCGUAAUGAAACAGAGAAAAAAGUGACAUCAUUUGUUCAAGACGAUCACCAGACUCGUUUGAAAUUCCCUACUUUGAAUAAAGUGUUACGCAAUAUUGUACAUGAAAUUGCUGAGGAUGCUGGAAUGUUAGCUUAUUCUUUUGGAGAAGAAGAAGUUGAUCGUUAUAUUAUGAUAUUCAAGAAAGACUCUCCGCCUUCUGAGGAUGAAUUAAAUGCACUCCGAAAUGGUCAAGAAUGGAAUGAUGAUAUUGCUAAAAGAUUAUCGGAACAGAGGGAACAAGUUAAAAUUGAAGAAAUGUUAGAUGAAGAAAAACGAAUGAUGCUAAAGCGAACUAACCAAGAUAAGCCUAAAUAUAAUUACAAAGAAAAAUUCCAACACCUUGUUGGUUUAGAAGCAGCUGAACAAGCAGCACGGAAGACAGAAACUAAUAAAUCUUAUGGAUUUGUUCCAAGUGAAAAUAAAAAAGAUCAAAGGUCAAUCGAGCAAACACUAGCAGAUAUACGCGAAAAAAAAAGAUUGAAAAUAGAAAAUGACAACUCUCAAAAUCAAUCUUUAAAAACGGACUAA